GUGUGAGCUGGGAGGCUGUCAGACUGUAUCGGCGCAGCUUCCGCAGCCGCACAGCCUGAUACUAGCGUAACAUUCCCUUCAUAUUUCAUAUAUAAAGAGAUUCACGCGCAAUGUGCAUGUAGAUCAGUGCGUAUUCUGCAUUUUAUAAUAACCUGUUGGGAAAUUUAGAUGCCUCCGUGAUUCAUAAUGUAACAAGGACCGUAGAUUUUCAAUCAACCCUGGAGCGCAUGUUAGAGUUGCAGCCCCGAGAUGCUCCUUCGUACUGUUACUGGUGACUGAGAGCCCGUCAGCCGUCCGGCCGCCGCCAUGGCGCACAGCUCCAGGAAGGAUGCCCCCGACCUCCCCGACUUCUCCCUCCUCAAGAGGAUCGCCAGGGACCAGCUCAUCUACCUGCUUGAACAGCUACCGGGCAAGAAGGACCUGUUCAUUGAGGCGGAUCUGAUGAGCCCCCUGGAUCGGAUCGCUAAUGUCACGACGCUCAAAGAGCAUGAAGUGGACAAACUUUACAAGGUGGAUCACAAGCCGGUUUACAGCACGAGCGAUCAAUUGUGCUUUCUGAUUCGGCCCCGGAUACAAACUGUGAAGUGGAUCGCUGACAUUGUCAAUACGGACAAAGCUGCGGGGAAACUCAGGAGUUAUAAGAUCAUUUUUAGCCCCCAAAAGUUCUACGUAUGCGAAGCUGUGUUAGAGGAGCAGGGAAUCUAUGGUGAUGUGAGUACGGAUGAAUGGGCUUUCCAUUUGCUACCGCUGGAUGAUGACAUCAUCAGUCUAGAGCUUCCCGAGUUCUUCAGAGACAACUUCCUAGAGGGCGACCAGCGCUGGGUGACGACAGCAGGCAGUGCCCUGCACCUUCUGCACUCAGUCUACGGGCCUUUCUCAAAGGUUUACGGGAUAGGCCGCUGUGCGAAGAUGGUUUAUGAGUCAUGGAGGGAGCAGGGGAAAGAGGGCGAGAAGAAAACCGCCCAGUCGGAAAUCGGAACCGUCUUCCUCGUCGACCGAGAUGUGGAUUUUGUGACUCCCCUCUGCUCUCAAGUAGUUUAUGAAGGGCUGGUGGAUGAUAUUUUCAGGAUCAAAUGCGGAAGUGUUGAGUUUACCCCCGAUGUCACGUCUUCUGAAAAGAGCGUGAAGGUGAUGCUGAACUCCCAGGAUAAGGUUUUCGGCGAAAUCCGGAACGAGCAUUUCUCCAACGUCUUCGGCCUGCUCAGCCAGAAAGCCCGAAACCUGCAGACGGCGUACGACAGGCGGCGUGGGAUGGACAUAAAGCAGAUGAAGACUUUUGUCUCCGAGGAGCUCAAAGGGUUGAAACAGGAGCAUCAUUUGCUGAGUCUGCAUAUUGGGGCAAGUGAGUCAAUGGUGAAGAGGAAAACUAAGCAGGAUUUCCAAGAACUGCUGAAGACGGAGCACUCAUUGCUGGAGGGUUUCGAAAUACGGGAAUGUAUCUCCUACAUUGAGGAGCACAUCAACCGGCAGGUCUCCAUGAUUGACAGUUUGAGACUUCUGUGUCUCUUGUCCCUCACCGAAAAUGGACUAUUGCCCAAGGACUACCGAUCACUCAAAGCCCAGUAUCUCCAAAGUUACGGCACUGAACACCUACUGACGUUUGCCAACCUGAGGCAGCUGGGGCUGUUGGUGGAGCAGCAAGCGGGGGAAACCCUCACUGUCAUGGAGAGCAAAGUGGGCAAACUGGUCAACGAUAAGACCGUAGGAAAGUUAACUGACGCCUUCUCCUCCCUGGCAAAGAAAAGCAACUUCCGAGCACUAAGCAAAAGGCUCGUACUGGUGCCCAAGCCCAUGGAGGAGUAUGACCUUCGAACCCCCCGGGAUAUGGCAUACAUCUUCAGUGGGGCCUACAUUCCCCUGAGCUGUAAAUUGAUAGAGCAGGUCCUGGAGCGUGAGGGCUGGACCGGCCUGGAAGAAGUGACUCGGCUGCUGAAUGGGAAUGAGUUUGUUGGGUCAGCUGGUGGCGGAUCUGAAUCGGGCCGCACGACAGACUCCCGGCGCAUCAUACUGGUCAUGUUCCUGGGUGGCUGCAGCUACUCUGAGAUCUCAGCACUGCGCUUUCUGGGGAAAGAGAAAGGGUAUAAAUUCAUUGUGGUGACAACAGCCGUUAUAAAUGGUGCCAGACUUCUGGAGGCCAUGUUGGACAACUAUGGAUAAACCAAGAGUGAUUCUUGUGUUUGUAACUCGGUGGAAGGACUGUCUUCUGUUUAAACUGGCCUCACAAACAAACUGAUGAUUUUGCCAAGAUUGCGUCUGAAAGAUAAAGUCGACAUUCUGUCAUUCAGAUAAUACUAAAUGUUUUAAUUAAUCUAUCCUGCUGCUUUAACAGUGUCUGCGUUUUCCAAUUCUACAAUCUGUAUGUGAAUUUAUGAAUGUAUGUAUUUAAAAUACCUUUGCAUAAAUGACAAUAACCACAUAAGCAAAUACAGCCAAAUUUCUUAUCCCCAUUUAUAAACGUAUAAUAUUAAUUUCCAGUACAGAACUGUUACAUGUUACUUUCCUGGAUGUAAGUAAAAGUCUUAUCACAAACAAA